GGCUGGCUUGCAGCUGUGCCACAGACCUGCAGGGGGCGGCAGCUACAGCUACAGAAGGAGCGAAGAAGAAGAAGAAGCUGGAGCAUCAACAGACUGCUACAACAUCGAGGACAGCGAGUGUCGUAAAGAGGAUGCCUUUCCAUUUCUGUCCCCAGUGUGGGACAAAGUUACAGCCUGGCUUCAGGUUUUGUCCAUCAUGUGGGGAGAAGCUUCCCUGUCCUGCUGAUGAAUCUGUCCCCGUGAGCUCCACGGCGUCUUUAAGUCUCUCUCCACCCAGAAAGACUGAAGCAGCAGCAACGUCGGUGGUUAAAGCCAGCCUCACUUCGAGCACAAGCUCUGAGCCCGCUCAAACUCGUGCAUGUAUCACCUCAACUCCUGUCACAACUCGUCCUGCACUGAGAAAGACCCGUAACUCCCUUCGUCUGGACAAGGAAGUUAAAUUCAACAUUAUAGAUGUCACUCCUCCCGUGGUGACCUCCACCAACCCUGUCAGAGAUGACAAGACUGAAGAUGUUAUCGUUGGGUUGGUUGCAACGCCACCAAAGCAGCACACGGUCACUUUUAAACUUGAUGCAGCGGCAGAGCCAACUUUGGAGUCUUCUUCUUCUCCUGUUGGAAAAUCUCCUCGAGCUGGAAGGGGAAAGGCAAAACUCUCCAGUCCUGCUAUGAAGCAGCUAGAUGAUGGAAAGAGGCUGACUGAUAAAAGAAGCAGGAAAGACGAGGAAUCAACGGUAGAUGCCGCUCCUGUGGCCGUCUGCUCGCCCCUUUCCUCACCAAUCUCCAGAUCUCCUUUAAAAGUUACAGGUAAAAGCAAAGCCAAGAAGGCAAAGUUUGUGCCCGCUGUGGAGCCGCUGCAGGAAGGUGAGGAGGUGACAGACACGACAGGCAAGAAGUGGAAGCUGGUGAAACUGCUCAGUCAGAGCACGACAGAGCUCAUCUACGAAGUUUCCCAAACAGUUUCACGAUCCAAAGACUCAGAUCACAUCCUCAAACUGGGAGCGAAAGAUGGAAGAAUCUUCAAUGAGCAGAAUUUUCUGCAGAGAGCUGCGAAACCUGCAUCUGUGGACAAGUGGAUCAAACAGAAUAAGAUGGAUUUUCUGGGGAUUCCCUCCUGUGCCGGAUUUGGUCUUCAUGCAGAUUCCCACAGGUUUCUGAUUUUCCCCAACAUGGGCCGGUCUCUGCAGUCUGUCAUGGAGGAAGAGGAUGAUCUUCUGUCAGAGAAAGUUGUUCUCCAGAUGGCCUGUAGAAUAUUAGACGUGCUGCAGUAUAUCCAUUCAAACGAGUACGUUCAUGCAGAUAUCAGCGCAGAAAACGUUUACAUCAAACCAGGACAGAAAUCACAGGUAUACCUAGUAGGAUACUGCCAUGCUUUCAGAUACUGUCCAGGUGGACAGCAUGUAGAGUACCGUGAAGCCAGCAGAACACCCCACGAGGGCACCGUGGAGUUUAUCAGCCUGGACGCACAUAAGGGAGCAGCUCCGUCCCGGCGCAGUGACCUGCAGUGUCUCGGUUACUGCAUGCUGCGUUGGCACACAGGGAUGUUGCCGUGGGCCGCCCUCACUCACCCGGACCAGAUAGCCACACAGAAACAGAGGUACAUGGAGGAUGUUCCUGCAUUGUUGAGUCACUGCUUUGGGAAGAAGAGAGUUUCCAGUGCCUUUCAAACAUACCUGACUACAGUGAUGGCUCUGCAGUACUCUGAGCAGCCGGACUACUUGACACUGAAGGCUGGACUCAGUGCUGCUUUACUGCAGCUUGGGGGGUCGGUCGAGCAGCCGCUCAGUUUUUGAGAAAUGGAACAAAUAGAAGACAGUUGGAAGAUGUUUUGGUGUUUGUUUUUAAUCAUGCUGUGAUGUUUUAUUGCACUGAAAGCAGACUGUUGUUCCGGUAUGUGUAAACAACACUCACUUGGUUUUAAUUAUUUAUAUUGUUGUGAUUUUUCAGAAGUUGCACUGUGGGGUUUAGAGUUUCAACGGGGCGACGUGAAUGGGAGAGUUCUGGGUUUUGGGAUAUAGUUACACUUUAAGUUACAUUUGUCACACUGUUCUCGUAAACUUUAACUGGUUUUAAGUACUUUGACAGAUUAUUUUCAUGAAAUGUUUUUUAAUGAAUGUACCCAUUACACAUUUUUAGCUCUGUUUUACCUGUUUGACACAAACUUACUACUGCUGAACGUUUCUUUAAGACGAGCCAACACAUGGAUGUGGAUUAAGCUUUCAUUUCAGUAUGUAUGUAUAGUUUAACUUCCUGAAUAAAACUGAUAUAUUUCUUACUAAAA